AUGUCCAAGGCCUGGCUGGUGCAGCUCUCUCUGCCUUAUCGCUGUCCCUCCGCGGCCCGCCCCUCCCCAGGCGCCUUCAUCGAUCCCACUUACUUCCUGAGCCGAACUGUCUCCAAUGUCAUCAGUUCUAUUGUCUUCGGGGACCGCUUUGACUACGAGGACAAAGAGUUCCUGUCCCUGCUCCGUAUGAUGCUGGGAGUCUUCCGGUUCACAGCGACAUCCACAGGGCAGCUCUAUGACAUGUUCUACUCAGUCAUGAACUACCUGCCAGGACCACAGCAACAGGCAUUCAAGGACCUUAAGGGCCUGGAGGACUUCGUAACCAAGAAGGUGGAACAGGACCAGCACACGCUGGACCCCAACUCCCCGCGGCACUUCAUCGACUCCUUCCUCAUACGCAUGAAAGAGGAGGGGAACAAUCCCAACACGGAGUUUCAUUGGAAGAACCUGGUGCUCACCACACUGAACAUCUUCUUUGCUGGCACCGAGACCGUCAGCACAACCAUGCGGUUUGCCUUACUGCUGCUUAUGAAGCACCCAGAUGUGGAGGCCAAAGUCCAUGAGGAGAUUGACCGGGUCAUUGGCAAGAACCGUCAGGCCAAGUUCGAGGACCGGGUCAAGAUGCCCUACACAGACGCGGUGAUCCACGAGAUCCAAAGAUAUGCAGACACAGUCCCCAUGUCAGUGGCCCACAGAGUCAUCAAGGACACCAAGUUUCGGGACUUCCUCCUCCCUAAGGGCACCGAGGUGUACCCAAUGCUGGGCUCUGUGCUGAGAGACCCCAAGUUCUUCUCCAACCCCCAAGAAUUCAAGCCCCAGCACUUCCUGGAUGAGAAGGGGCAGUUUAAGAAGAGUGAUGCUUUCAUGCCCUUCUCCAUCGGAAAGCGGAACUGUUUCGGAGAAGGCCUGGCCAGAAUGGAGCUCUUUCUCUUCCUCACCACCAUCAUGCAGAACUUCCGCUUCAAGUCCCCGCAGUCGCCCCGGGACAUCGACGUCUCCCCUAAAUACGUGGGCUUUAUCACCAUCCCGCGCACCUACACCAUGAGCUUCCAGCCUCGCUGAGCCGGGGCGGGGCUGGUGAGGCAGGGCUAGUGGGAGGAGCAAGUGGAGGGCGGGGCACCGGGGGCGGGGCCGAGGGGCGGAGCACACUGGGCUCUGAGCUUCGUGCUAUGGACCCUUCGGAGGUGGGAUGAGAGGAAGGAAACUCACUAUACUGUGAACGAGAAGAAAUAACAACUAGUAUUUUUUUAGCAAAUGCUCUGUGUCAUCUCUAUGCUAAAAGCGAUAAACGCCCACCUCAAUCCGCACAAACCUAUGGAAUGGGGAACAGCGUUCAAAUCCCUUUUGCAGGUGACAAAGCUGAGGUUCAGCAAGUUUAAGUCUCUAGCUGAGGUCCCACGGAACACAAGAGCUCUCGGCACGUAGGCGAACACAGAACCGCGGGGGACGGCUGUACUUAGCCCCACGGUCCUUAGGGUAAAUGCUUAAAAUGCUCCCCUGCCUCAUGUGAAAUACACAAACUCAGUAUAUUAUUUUGAA